CCGGAAGAGCAGACUCCGCCCCUCUGCCUCUGAUAUUUGGACUUGAAUCUGACCUCAGAAACCUUCAGAAAUACAGAGCUCCAGGAUGCUUCAUGUGUCUCUUAACUUCCAGUGUGGUGCCUUCACUGUCCUGCUUUCCCACACUACUGUCUUCCUCGCCCUGAUACAAUCAUGUCAUUCUAUUGUGAGUGGUCCAUCUCAGCCAAUAGUGGCAAUAGUUGGUGAGGACAUCAUUAUGCCGUCCCAACUGAUCCCGGUCAUGGAUGCCUUUGACAUGACUGUGAUGUGGGGCAGACCUGGCCUGGUCCCAGAGUUUUUCCUUACGUGGAGUGUGGGUGAGAGUAUAAAACAUCCAUCCUACAAAGGAAGAAUAUCUCUGUUCACUGAGGAGCUGAGGCACGGAAACGUUUCACUGAAGCUCUCCAACGUGAAAAGAUCUGAUGAGGGGACAUACAGAUGCUUCCUUCCAGAGUUAGAUGGAUCCACUUAUGUUAAGCUUGUUGUAGGUGCCGUCUCCUUGCCUGUUGUCAACGUGACUAAAACCAUGCGUGAAGUGGUUCUACAGUGUGAGUCUGAAGGCUGGUAUCCACAGCCUGAGGUGUUGUGGCUGGACGCUGAGGGAAAGCUCCUCUCUGCUGGACCUACAGAGACGCUCAGGGGUCCUGAGGCCCUCUACACCGUCAGCAGCAGAGUGACUGUGGAGAAGAGACUCAGCAACAUUUUCACCUGUAGAGUCCAACAGCGGGACAUCAACCAGAGCAGGGAGACACACGUCCAUGUUCCAGAUGAUUUCUUCAUGGUCCCAAGUUCUCCUGGUUCCCAACAUAUUAUUAUUGGUUCUGUUAUUGGCUCUGUGCUGGCAAUUCUUGCCAUUGGCCUUGUUGUUUGGAAAUGGAGACAAAAGAAAUUCAAAAACAAGAGGGGGAGCCCUGAAGACGGACUGGAACAGACACAGGAAGAAAAGACGGUCACAUCUACAAGUGAUAACACAGGAUUUCAGGUCGUAAUGGAAGCAGAAGGAGAACGUGCUCCACUUUUGGCGGGAAGAGAAGAAGAUCAUGUGGGCAACAGAGGAGGGGAGGAGAUCAAAUCUGAAAGUGAACAUAAAGAUAACACACCCCAAAAUCAGUGCGUGACAAAACCACACAUGGACAGGACAGAAGGAGGCAAGGCAGCAACAUCUGUAAAUCAUGAACAAGUACCUUUUGUUCCUAAAGAAGGAGGAACAGACACAAAUCAGGACAUGAUAGGAGGACAAGGGAAAAGUGACGCAGCCAAAGGUGAAGGAGGGCAGACAAUAGUAAAAGACAACGUAGAAUCAGGACUUCCGCUGGUUAAUACAGAAGGAGAGAAAGAGCAGCAACAAAAUGUCCAUCAUGAUCAGGAGGUACAGGAAGUAGAAGAGAAACACCAAGGGAUGAUGACCUUUGAAGGAAAUUCAGAUAUUCCGUCAAAGACAGCAAAGAAAAAGAACAAACGCAAGACAGCAAAAAAAGGAGGUUCUGAACAGAGGAAGCAACAGGAGAACUGGAGUGAACCAAUGCCACCAGAGGCAGAGAGAACCAGAGUGGAGAAUCAAUCUGAGAUACAGAAUGGAGGAGAAACAGAGAAAAAGGAGACAGUGUUUACCUUUAGAAUGGGCAACCAACAUGUUUUUGAAGACAGAAGACUGAAGGGAGGCGAAGCAGAAGAGGAUGAGAAAGAAGCACAUCAAAAGGGAAACCAGAGCAACAUUCACAGUUCAUCCGAAAUGAGAGUAGAAAACCAAAGGGUGGAAGAUGAACCGAAAGUAGAGAAUAAGAGGACAGUUCAAGAGACGCAGAACAGAAAAGACGCAGAGAAGGAGAAGAUACCACUAAAAACACCAGAAGAAGUCAAACUAACAAGAGAUUCCAGCAAACAAGAGGCAGGUCAUGAGGAGAAGAAAGGUAAGGACGAGAGGGGAAACCAGAGGAACGUCAGGAGAAUGACAGAAAGGGAAGCUGAGAACAAAAAGGAACCAAUCGAUAAGAAAGUGGAGGACACGGAAGAAAAGGUCUGUCCAUCAGUCAGUAGGGAAGUAACACAUAAGCCAGAAUUCCAAAUAAAUCAACUAAAAAGCGGACAUCAACAGGACACAUCUGUGAUGAAUCUGGAUGAAACCAAAGAGGAGCAAGGACUAUCCAAAAAGUGUCAAGAGAGACAAACAGAGGGGUUACAGACUGACAACAGAGCUGACAAGAAGAGACAAGAGGCCCAGCAGCAGGCAGCGCAACAAGUAGAUGAGGAUAAGAAAGGAAUAGAUGAGAGGGGAAACCAGAGGAACGUCAGGAGAACGACAGAAAGAAAAGCAGGGAGCCAACAUGACAAGAACAGGACAGAGGAAACGCAGGUGGGUGAAUCAGUCAGGAGAAAAGUAUCAGAAAAUCUAAAUGUCAAAGGGAAUCAAGGAACAGCAGAGAGACAAAACUGUAAUCGUCCAGAGGACAGUGAGCUCCAGGCAGGGAAUCUACAGGAGGACACAUCUCUGAUGAACCAGGAAGAAAACAAACAGCAACCAGAGCAUCUCACCAAGAGGAGGGAGUGGGAAAAAAGACGGAAGGGUUUUCAGAGCGACAAAGGAGCUGACUUCAAUGAAACUCCAGAAAACAAAAAGAUCAGAGGGGAGGUCCAGCAGCAGGCGGGGGGACAAAUGGACCAAAUGGAAGGAAUCAGAGAGCAGAUAGAGGAUAACACCAACACAGGGAGAGAAGUUCAAGGUCAGGAAGAACAGCAUGUGCAGCUGAUGGAGAAUGAUGGAAGAAAACAAUUAAUAGCCAAAAGAAGACUAAAACAGCAACAUAAAGAAGAGAAAAAGCCUCAGGUGCAUCAGAGACAUACUUUCCAGAAGAAGAAUCAUGAGGCAGAAGGCAGUGAUCAGACACAGGAUAUUUCCCAAAAGCUGAAAUAUGAAGAAACACUUAUGGAAGUGAAUACAUCACAGGAUCAAGCAGCUCAAGAAGGCCAAGAUGUGGUGAUGGACUCUCAGGAAGGAGACGAAGAUAUGGAAGAUGAAGACUUUUCAAGCUCCAGGAUGCUUCAUGUGUCUCUUAACUUCCAGUGUGGUGCCUUCACUGUCCUGCUUUCCCACACUACUGUCUUCCUCGCCCUGAUACAAUCAUGUCAUUCUCUUGUGAGUGGUCCAUCUCAGCCAAUAGUGGCAAUAGUUGGUGAGGACAUCAUUAUGCCGUCCCAACUGAUCCCGGUCAUGGAUGCCUUUCCUGUGACUGUGGAGUGGUCGAGACCUGACCUGGACCCAAAGUUUGUCUUCAGGUGGCGUAACGGUGUGGAAAUGGAGAGUAGAAAACAUCCAUUCUACAAAGGAAGAACAUCUCUGUUCACUGAGGAGCUGAGGCACGGAAACGUUUCACUGAAGCUCUCCAACGUGAAAACAUCUGAUGAGGGGACAUACAGAUGCUUCCUUCCAGAGUUAGAUGGAUCCACUAAUGUUAAGCUUGUUGUAGGUGCCGUCUCCUUGCCUGUUGUCAACGUGACUAAAACCAUGGGUGAAGUGGUUCUACAGUGUGAGUCUGAAGGCUGGUAUCCACAGCCUGAGGUGUUGUGGCUGGACGCUGAGGGAAAGCUCCUCUCUGCUGGACCUACAGAGACGCUCAGGGGUCCUGAGGCCCUCUACACCGUCAGCAGCAGAGUGACUGUGGAGAAGAGACUCAGCAACAUUUUCACCUGUAGAGUCCAACAGCGGGACAUCAACCAGAGCAGGGAGACACACGUCCAUGUUCCAGAUGAUUUCUUCAUGGUCCCAAGUUCUCCUGGUUCCCAACAUAUUAUUAUUGGUUCUGUUAUUGGCUCUGUGCUGGCAAUUCUUGCCAUUGGCCUUGUUGUUUGGAAAUGGAGACAAAAGAAAUUCAAAAACAAGAGGGGGAGCCCUGAAGACGGACAGGAACAGACACAGGAAGAAAAGACGGUCACAUCUACAAGUGAUAACACAGGAUUUCAGGUCGUAAUGGAAGCAGAAGGAGAACGUGCUCCACUUUUGGCGGGAAGAGAAGAAGAUCAUGUGGGCAACAGAGGAGGGGAGGAGAUCAAAUCUGAAAGUGAACAUAAAGAUAACACACCCCAAAAUCAGUGCGUGACAAAACCAGACAUGGACAGGACAGAAGGAGGCAAGGCAGCAACAUCUGUAAAUCAUGAACAAGUAUCUUUUGUUCCUAAAGAAGGAGGAACAGACACAAAUCAGGACAUGAUAGGAGGACAAUGGAAAAGUGACGCAGCCAAAGGUGAAGGAGGGCAGACAAUAGUAAAAGACAACGUAGAAUCAGGACUUCCACUGGUUAAUACAGAAGGAGAGAAAGAGCAGCAACAAAAUGUCCAUCAUGAUCAGGAGGUACAGGAAGUAGAAGAGAAACACCAAGGGAUGAUGACCUUUGAAGGAAAUUCAGAUAUUCCGUCAAAGACAGCAAGAAAAGAACAACGCAAGACAGCAAAAAAGGAGGUUCUGAACAGAGGAAGCAACAGGAGAACUGGAGUGAACCAAUGCCACCAGAGGCAGAGAGAACCAGAGUGGAGAAUCAAUCUGAGAUAG